UCUGCGCUUGCUCAGCGAGCACCGGCUGCGCCAGGCCAAUCCGCUCUCCCGGCCGCAGGUUUCUCACUUCCGGUUCAGUGGGUCCCGGAGGCCAGACCGAGGCUAAUGGCGGCGUCCACGAAGCAGGCCACCCUGGGCGUUGAGGAGGCCACGGCUGAAGAGGAACCGCGAAUUCUGGAACCCGGGGCCGCCCCGUUUGGAAAUUUCCCACAUUACUCGCGCUUCCACCCUCCAGAGCAGCGGCUCCGCCUCCUGCCCUCCGACCUGCUUCGCCGGCUCUUCCCCCAGAGUCCCGAGACGAGGCCGAUCCUGGGGCUCGACGUGGGGUGUAACUCUGGGGAUCUGAGUGUGGCUCUUUACAAACACUUCCUUUCCCUACGAGAUGGGGAGACCUGCUCAGAUGCCUCAAGAAAACUCCAUCUCCUCUGCUGUGACAUAGAUCCAGUCCUGAUACAGAGAGCUGAAAAAGAAUGCCCUUUUCCUGAUGCCUUGACUUUUAUCACCCUGGACUUCAUGAACCAAAGGACCCGGAAAGUUCUCUUGAGUUCUUUCUUAAGCCAGUUUGGAUGCUCAGUUUUUGACAUUGGCUUCUGCAUGUCAAUAACCAUGUGGAUUCAUCUGAACCAUGGGGACCAUGGCCUAUGGGAGUUCCUGGCCCACCUUUCCUCCCUCUGCUGCUACCUCCUUGUGGAGCCUCAGCCCUGGAAGUGUUACCGGGCAGCUGCAAGGCGUCUCCGGAAGCUGGGCUUCCAUGAUUUUGACCACUUCCACUCCCUUGCCAUCCGAGGUGAUAUGGCCAAUCAGAUUGUGCAGAUCCUGACCCAGGACCAUGGCAUGGAAUUAGUAUGUUGCUUUGGCAACACCAGCUGGGACCGAAGCCUUCUGCUCUUCAGGACAAAACAAACCACAGAGACAUAUCCAGUCUCUGAAUUACUGACAGAGUAAGGGAAAGAAAGGAACAGGUUAAGAUUCUGGAGACAGUAAGCUGAAAGGGCUGAAAAACCAGGAAAGAGAUAUUAAAAGGGGUUCAUACUAGGAAUUAAGUUCUCUCUCUUUAACUCCUAAUAGUUAAUCAGUCUCAAAACCUGGCAAAAGCUUUUAGCAAAAUGUCUAAGACAUGCAGUUGAAAGAAUCAGUACCUGUUCCUCAUUGUUUGAGAUGAUCCCUGAAGAGAAUACAUCUAUGGAGCAGUAAGCUGUACUGUCUGGAUUGAGAUGGCCUAGAGAAAUUGGUCCUGAUUCUGGGAUAUGGAAAGAUUUGUUUUAGGUGGUUAUUUAAAGACUUAGGCCAGGCUAGCCUUAGAAUGUGUCAGUUCCCUAGGCUCCUUGAAUCUGAUCAGCUUCUUCUGGACUUACUCGUUUCUGUCUUUGGCUAAAACCUCACAACACAACCUGGAAUGAGAAGUCACCAGCUUGGCUAAAAGAGAGUUAGUAGGAAAAACGUCUUAUCUUUGCAGAGAAGGUCAAGUUUCCCAACAUCCCCAGGCUCAGCACAGCAGUUAUAUCUUAGCAGUUAUACUAACCAAGAUGCACUGACUAACAUUUAAAAGAUUUUUUGAAAUUUUAGAUUAAAUUCAACUGGCACAAAUCAAAUGAAGUGGGAUUGUAUACACUAUAUAACUGUAUGUUAAUUAUUAAAAGUGACUUGAGUUUGGUUGACAGCACCCUCUGAAUCUGAAAUAGAACUUCAUCUUUAACCACUCUGUCCAGGGAGGUUCAGCUCAAGAAAAAGAAACUCAUGCUCAGAACAAAUGACAUGCCAGCACGUAAGUUAAUUCAGGACUUUUUUGUCAGCAUCCUCUGCCAGAGCAUACCAGUGUGGGGGUGCGAAUAUGCAUGGGAAGCAAGCACAGUUUCAUCUGCAGUUGUAUGACUAUAGCACAGGUGUCACUGAUGUCUGUCAGGUUUUGAUAGUUAAACAACUGUGAGUUGAGCCCAAAGGAAAGUGGAAGAUGAAGAAAGAUUUGUUUGAUGGAAAGAAGAUGGAAAAACAAAACAUACCCAGCUAAGAAGGAAGACUGGAUUGAUGAGUUUCAGAAUCCAUAAGGUUCUAUUAUUUUAUGAAUUGAAGUUAUUGUAGGGAAUAAGAGAACCAGCCAGCAAUGAGAGGUUGGACCUAUUGAUAGAGAAGUUUUAGUAAAAGUUCCUGCUAAGGAAUUUGAAUUUUAUGCGUGAGAGAGCAGAAGCCAGUGCAUUCCCGAAACAACAGGAGAUGGAAACAAAACCUUUGUUUUUUUCUACUUUGUGCAGGAUAAUUGUGUGGUUGGUGCCAUUCUAAUCUCAAUAGACUCCACUGCUACUUUUCAGUCAUUUGAUAUUGCUGCUCUGGAUCACUUCUGUUCUAGUGACUCUUCCAGACUUUUACCCUUUUGCAGGCUUUUGACGCUACAUCCCUGCUCUGUUAAUCUAAGCAGAUGACCUAACCACCAAGUGGUACCAUUCUUGGUUGCUGUGCCAGAAAGUCUUUUCUUGCCCUCUUGUAUUGAACUUCUUCGUCUUCCCUCCUUUUCUCUUCUAAACUUCCAGGGAGCUUUUAGCCUAUAACCUCUGCUUAAGUUCCUGAUCCCAACCUCUACUGCCUCUCCCAAAUUGCGCUUUAUUGAAGAUCCCCUUGGUGUCUCUUUGGUCACACUGACUCCUCCUUGUCCACCUGCCAGCAUGUUCAGUUCUCUCAUAUCUUCAAAACUGCCAAUUUACCCUGUGUCCUAUCUCCUCCUCAGGCUCAUGCAAUCCUUCCUGCCAUCUCUUCCCCACCAAACAUGAGCAAAGCCCUUGAAAGAAUAGACCCCACAGCCUCUGGUCCCUCAGUGCCCAUCAUCAGUGACCACCUGAACACCAAAUUCUGAAGCCUCUUUGCAGUCUUCCUCCCAGGCCAUAACACCACUGACCCUUUUUUCCUUCUUGAACUGCUCAUUCUUGGUUUCUCCCCCAUAUCUCUCUCCCUUUAUUCUCUUCCUGUCUUUUAGUUUCUCUCUACCUCUUAAACAAUUGGUUCCAGUUUUAAUUUGCAUAAGAAUUACCUGAGUCCUGGAUUCAUCUCCAGAAACUGAUUCAGAUUGGGAAUGGGGCUUAGGAAUCUUUUUGUUUUGACUUGGUUUUUCGCAUUUUUUUGUUGUGGUAAAUUACAUGUAACAUAGAAUUUACUGUUUUAACUACUUCUAAGUGUACAAUUCCAUGGCAUUAAAUACAUUCACAAUCUAUUUUUAACAGCACCCCAGGUGAUUCUGAUGCAAGCAGAAAUAGACCACACUUUGAUUGCUUAGGGUUCUUUAGGGUCUAUCCAGUCCUCUUCUACAUACUUGUGUGAGUUCCUCUACUCCCAUGCCUUUAACAACUACCUAUCUUCCAAUAACUCCCAAAUAUAUCGGUAGCCCAACUCCGCAGUUCCAGAUUAAUAUUUUUCCUGUUUGGUAGUGAAAUCCCCCUAGAUAGUUCUUAAACACCUCAAAUUUAGCAUAUCCCUAGAGCAAACCCAUUUCCCUCAUUCCAAACCUAAUCCUAUCUCAGUUGUUGGCACUCACGCUUUGCCCAAGCUACAAACUUCAGUUGACUCUCCUUGCUUACACUCCCCUCAUGGAAAUGGUCACAAAGUCCAGUAAAUCCUGCCAAUGAUAUGUAAGCUCCGUUUAUUCCAUCACGGGGCUGGUAACUACCAGGGGUUUCUGUGUAAAGUCACUACUGUACAAUCCAUUCUCUGUCCUACUGCCAGUGUUCCCUUUCUCAGAUAUCUACCUAUACUAGUAUCAUGCUUAGAAACCUUAGUGGUUUCCUUGUGCCUAGAGUCCUGUCCUUUAGCCAGUUCCUAAACCAGUGGUGGUCAGUAUGUUAGUUGCUUGCUAUUUAAAUUAGGCAAAGUGAAAUAAAAUUUAAAAUUUAGCUCCUCAGUUAUGCUAGCCACAUUUCUAGUGUUCAGUAGCUGCAUGUAAGUAGUGACUACCUUAUUGGACAGCACAGAUACAGAACAUUUCUAUUCUUACAGGAAGUUGUGUUGGACAGUGCUGGUCUUCAUGCCUUUCCUCCUCAAAUGAGCCACACUAAACUUCUCACCACUACCCCUUAAACUGCCCCCCAGAUUGGUCAUAUCCUUUCAUACCUCUGAGAUUUAGCACAGGUUCCCUCUGCUUCUCAUCUCUCUCCUCCAGCUCUCCUACCUUGCAACUUGGAUGAACUGUUUGUCCUAAAAAAUGACCCAGAUGUUACAUUUUCUCAGAAAUCUUCCCUAAUGCCUGUAGUACUUUGCAUUUGUUACUACAGUCUAGUGCAGACUUUGCAUGGAAGCCUCUAGUAUAGUACUGACCUCAUGAUAAUCGUUUAUAUGCCUCUUUCCCACCACCACAAGACUGAUGUCCUCAAGCCCAACUUACCCUUAUAAACCUAGGCCUACCUAGCACAAUGUCUGACACAAGGCAGGCAGCUGAGAAUUACUUGUUGAAUGAAUACAUGAGUGGACAAAAGAGAAAUGGCACCUGGAUUCAAGUAUUGAGAAGAAAAGAGAUCUGUGAUUGGGCAAAAGACUGUCCAGGAAACUGAAAAUGGAGAGAAAUUAGUACAUUGAGAGGGGAUAAGCUUAGCCUUUGGCAUGCGAGUUGGCAGUGUAUGUUCCCAAACAUCACUGAGAUAAAAUAUCCAUUUCAAGACCUUCAUUAUUGAUGGUUUGGAAGAGGAUAGCAGAUGAAAACUAGAAAUAAGAAUUUCGAAGUCAUUCAUACAGAUUGAUUGAGAUUUAACGAGUAGUAAAUUCCAAAAACAUGUGGAUAUGAUAGGGACCAGAUCCUAGGCCUGAGGGCUGCUAAUAGUUAUUAAGUGAGGGGGAAAGGAGGAACCAAGAGAGAUCUGGUUAGAAAUAGGGAAAAAGAAAACAAAAAAGAUGAUGAUACAGUACCAUGUACCAGACAACUUUUUUAAUACUUGAAACAAUCCUGUGGGCAGAUAACUAUUAUUAUCCCCAUUUUGCUGGUGUGGAAACUGAAGCACACACAGGUUAGGUGACUUUCCCAAGGUCACACACCUGGUAAGUGGCAGAGCUUGAACCUCGGCAGUGUAGUGGCCAAGUGUGGGUCUUGGCUGCCAUGCCUUGAGAUGCCACAGAAAUCAAGACUGGGAAGAGACUCCAAAGAUCCAGUGUAAAAGCAAGGGCUUUGGAUUUACUGUGCUUCCUCAAAUUAUGUGUUCAGGUCUGGGAAUAAGAGAUCCAGCCAGGCACUCUUGGUUAUCCCUGACGUUCUUAGAAUUCCUCUCUGAAGUCAAGCCUAAUUCUAGGUGGGAUACCUGAGAGUACCCCUGCUGCAGCCUACCAUUUAAACAGGCUUGGCUCUCACAGGUGUUUCAGAACACAGUUGGCAGCCAUACAGCAGACACAGACACUCUAAGUCCCCCUCAGUCCUAACUACCCUCUCACUGUACUCUCUCCCUUGCCAGCAACCGUAACCUUCCUCUGAAUUCCUGAAAUUCCCAUUCUGCCUCUAGCUUUGACCGCUGGGUAGGUAAGUCAAAACUCAUAAAAGUGGGGUUCAAUCCAUAUCUUCUCAGAAGUUAGGGAUUCUAAGGCCAACUCCAGGAUAUAUUAAGAUCUCAAGAUCAGGCAGUUCCUUCUCAGUCCCCUGGGAUUGAGUUUGGCCAGGGAACAUGAGGUGGAAAGAACAUCAGAUUUGGAAUCCGUGUCUGCCAGUAAUUCAUUGUGUCACCACCCUGUUCAAGUCAUUUAACCGCUCUAAGCCUCAGUUUACUCAUCUGUUUAAAAAUGAGCUUAAAGAUAUUAAGGUAUUUUGCAGAAUGCAGAGUGUUAAACAAAAACAAGGAGCUAUUAUACUCUGUAAGCAUGCCACAGACCAUGACUGUGCUUGUUAGAUCAAAGACUUAUGAGAAAAACAUCUCAUCUCUGUAGAAAACACACAUCUUACUAUCUCCAGUAAUUUGUUUUUUAGGGUGAAGAAGUAAUGAGUUCAACUCCAGCACUACAGAGCAUUUUAAAGGAAGCAAUGCUGGGGAGGGAGUGCUAACUGCUAAUGGAAAUGAGGCCAGUGUAUGAUGGUUUCAGAGUGAUCACAUGGUUACAGAUGUGAAUUUACCUACUGCUCUGUAGAUCUUAAUUUAAGAGCACUUGGAGACCUUGUGACCCUGCUGGUGCUCUUGCCCUCCACCAGAGCAAUACAAAGAAAUGUAUAUGGGCAGGCUGAAUAAUGGUCCCCCAAGAUGGCCACAUCCUAAUCCCUGGAACCUGUGAAUGCUACCUUAGAUAGCAAAAGGGACUUUGUAGAUGUGUACAAAUAUGUAAAUUAUGUAGAUUAAAGAUCUUGAUUAAUGAUUUUGAGAUCAGGAGAUUAAUCUUGGCUACUAAGAUGGACCCUAAAUUAAUCAUAAGUAUCCUUAUAAAAGGGAAGGCAAAGGGAGAUUUGACCACAGUAGGAGAUGCAGCAGAAGCAAGAGGUUGGAGUGAUGAAAGGGCUGUGAGCCAAGAAAUGCCAUUAGAAAAGGCAAGGAAAUGGAUCAUCCCUGAAGCCUCUGGAAGGAAUAGAGCUGCGCCAACACCUUGAUUUUAGACUUCCGUGAGAGAAUAAAUUUGUGUUGUUUUAAACCAUUAAGUUUGUGAUGAGUUGUUACAGCAGGAACAGGAAACUAAUAUAGGGGCUCUGACUACAAAGAGACAAGGUACAAGCCAAGUGGUAUCUGUCCAGAUAACUCCUUAAUGGCAGAAAAUGGCCCCAGUGACCAAAGAAAUGGCGGGGUUCCAUCUACAUGGUUAAUUGAAUAAUCUUCAGUCAUUAAAACUAUAGGUGAUGCUUAAGCAUCUGAGCCUGACCUGUUCCCUCCUAACAUUUCUAUUGGCUGACCUGUUGGGAAAACCAUUGUAUUUCAACUCUGUAGCAGUUAUUUUCAAAGAUGUGUAAAUAGUACUCAUAAAUAUGAAGCCCUGAUACGAAGAUGGUAAUGAUUGCAUAAUGGCCUAUGAGCAUCCCUGAAGACAGAUGAUCUUUGAUUUCAAGAAAAGAUCCAUCUUCCCCUCAAACCAGCCUAAUUUAGGAGCCAACACCAAGCAUGAUGAGGCUUCUUGAAGAAUAGAAAAUGAUUCUGGAUAUACUUUUUAAAAAUUAUGUAACCCAGUAUAUCAAAAAAUUAUCAUUUUAACAUACAGUCAAUAUAAAAAUUAGUAAUGAGAUAUGUUACCUUUUUCUAUACCAUUUUCAAAAUCUGAUGAGUAUUUUACGC